GAAAGAGGACAGGGCGAGGCAGAGCUGGGGCUGUCGGAGAAGCUGGGGCGAGGCUCGACUGGAAGAACCACCGCGAGUAUCUGCUGGAAAGAAAGAGAGAGACAGAGAGACUGAAACAGAGAUCGAGAGAGAGACAGAGAUCGAGAGAGAAGCACCGGUUCAAACUCCGCGGAGCAGCAAAACCACCGCCGCCGCCGCCGCCACUUUCCCCGGGGCCAGCGCCUCUUCCUCGCCUUCUCCACCACUUCAUCCUCCGCCUCGCCCGGCGCGAUGCCGCUCAAAGGAGGCACCAAGUGCAUCAAAUACCUGCUCUUCGGCUUCAAUUUCAUUUUCUGGCUUGCUGGCACAGCUGUCCUCGCAAUUGGACUAUGGCUUCGCUUUGAUUCACAGAACAAAGAACUCUUCCAAACAGAUGAAAGUACUUCGAAAUUCUACACAGGGAUUUACAUUCUCAUCGCUGCUGGUGCCCUCAUAAUGCUGGUUGGCUUCUUGGGAUGCUGUGGAGCAAUACGGGAGUCCCAGUGUAUGCUUGGCUUGUUUUUCACCUUCCUUCUCGUCAUUUUUGCUCUUGAAGUGGCUGCUGCCAUCUGGGGAUUUUCAAACAAAGAAAAGCUCCCUAAAGAAAUGCAGAGUUUCUAUGACACCUUAUUUGAGAAAAGGAAAGACAUAAAAGUAAAAAGCAGUCUGAAGACCUUCCAUUACGCAUUGAAUUGCUGUGGUCCGUCUGGUGUUCCCGAUCCUGAUUAUCAGGAUACCUGUCCUGAAAACCCCAAGCCAUGCCCUAAAGCUAUUGAAGACUUCUUCAAAAACAAGUUGAAUCUGAUUGCAGCUGUUGGCAUUGGAGUUGCUGUGGUGAUGAUUUUUGGCAUGAUCUUCAGCAUGGUUCUUUUUUGUGCUAUCAGAAGAGACCGAGAGAUGGUCUGAAGCCAUUUUAGAAAGUCUCCUCCCUUCAUACAAAGAAUCUCCAGUUAUUAACUUUGCAUUUUGAAUAGCAUUUCUAAAAGUAUAUAUUUCAUUUUUAAAUGCUUUAUUUAGUUUGGAUGUUCUUAAUUUUUUUUUCCUCUGUAAGUUUUUAAAUCUUAUUAAAAGGAAUCUACUCUUGGAAAGAUACUAUAUUUGUAAAGCUAAAGCCCUACCCACUUGUAUAUAAAGUUUUUGUCUCUAAAUUGACCGUCUUGCUUUAAGCUUAAAACUGGGAUGUAAUUUAAGUUGGAGAAAUUUUCAUACUUAAUAAAGAUUUAAGAC